AUGGACGCCCAACCUGUCGGUCUCAUCGAAAAAGGCGUAGCCGAGCAUGUCGACGAGGGCAAGUUCCCCAUUGGCGAGGAGGGAGAAGGCGCGCGCGAGUGGGAGCCAAAGUUCAUGAAGCGGACGCAGCUCAAGUUGGAUCUCUUACUGCUUCCGCUCCUCACCCUCAUCUAUAUGUGCUCCUCGCUCGACAAAUCCAACUUGGGUAACGCAAAGACCCUCGGCAUGAUUGAUGACCUCGGCGGCGACCCCUCGGGAGAGACCUACGCCCUGCUGAAUGCCUUCUACUUUAUCUCUUACGCCCCUUUCAUGGUCCCUUUCGCCCUCCUCGCCAAGCGAACCCGGAUGGCCAAGGUGCUCGCCCUUUGCGCGUGCGGCUGGGGUAUCGCCGCUACCUCCUUUGCUGGUGUACAGAACUUCCCUGGUGCCUUCGCCUGCCGCUUCUUGAUUGGUUUCGGCGAGGCCGGCUACGCACCCAUGGUCCAGGUCUACCUCUCUCGUUUCUACACCCGUCGCGCCCUCGGUGUCCGCGUCGCCUUCUGGCUCGCCAUGGCUCCCAUGGGCGGUUUCCUCAACGGCAUCAUUGCUUACGGUGUCUCGUUCAUCAAGAGCCACCUCGAGUCUUGGCGUGUACUCUUCCUCAUCGAGGGUGGGCUCACGCUCAUUGUCGGCAUUGUUGCCGUCGUCAUGCUGCCCGAGGACAUUCCUUCUAAUCGGUGGUUGACCGAGGAGGAGCGAGAUUAUCUGAUGUACAUGCGAGCCAUGGACUACGCUCCGGAAGGCCGAGAGAUCAACUGGAAACACGCGCGAGGCGCUUUCUACAGGUGGCAACAGCUUUUGCCAACCCUCCAGAAUAUCUCACAGCAAAUCACUGGCGCUGCUCUCUCCGCCUUCCUCCCCACCUUCACCAGCGAGAAUGGCUUCAAAGGCGCGACCGCCCAGAUCGCCACUCUCGCCCCUUACGGUUCCGCCGCGGUCUGUAUGGUCAUCGCCUCGUACAUCUCGGACCACUACCGCAACCGUGGCUGGCCCUCUCAGGUCGGCUGGUGGAUGAUGAUCCUCGCUUUCGGUAUCUACCUCGGUGUCGACACCAGCAAUCACGCCGCGCGCUUUGCGGCUUUGAUCUUGGCUGAGGUUGGGCACUAUGUCUGCACUCCCCUCAUUGUCACAUGGCAAGCCAAUAACGCCGGUAACGAGUCUCGACGAGCCGUCGCUGUCCCCUUCGCAGUCGCUUGCGCUCAGGCCGUCGCUGCUGGCUCUGGCUACCUCUUCCCCGCCAAAGACUCGCCAAAGUACACCAUGGGCUCCGCCGUCUGUCUCUCCCUCUCGGCUGCCGGCUCCAUCUUCACCGGGAUCUACCAAGUCCUCCUCCGGCGCGAAAACAACCGGCGAGACGCAGAUGAGGGCGGGCCGCCCGCCGAGGGUUUCAGGCCAGAUACUGCUACCUACGCCGACGACGCGCCCGGCUUCCGGUACCUCGAGUAA